AUGGGGCUCCGGUCCAGGAGCGUCGCUAGCGGCUCGGAGGAGCAGAAGAAGCCGCCCGGUCCCGGGGACCUGCUGGACCAAGGCAGCGGGGGGGCGGCGGACAGGGAUGGCGCCCUGCUGCUGGUGGCCCCGGGCCGGGAGGACUUCAAGCGGGGGUCCCAGGGCAUCGGCAUCGGGCUGCUGGCCAAGACCCCGCUGAACUACACGCGUCCGGCCAAGAGGACUAACAUCCGGCGGAGGAGGAUCCAGAACCUGAUCUACGACGCUCUGGAGCGGCCGAGGGGCUGGGCGCUGCUCUACCACGCCUUCGUGUUUUUAAUCGUCCUGGGAUGUUUGAUUCUGGCCAUUCUGACGACGUUCAAGGAACAUGAGAAGGCGUCUGCACACUGGCUGGUGAUUCUGGAAACCUUCGCCAUCUUGCUCUUCGGGGCAGAGUUUGCACUGAGGGUCUGGGCGGCAGGAUGCUGCUGCCGCUACAAAGGAUGGAGGGGACGGCUGAAGUUCGCUCGCAAGCCUCUGUGUAUCUUAGAUAUCUUCGUGCUGAUAGCCUCGGUCCCGGUGGUGGCCGUGAGGAACCAGGGCAACGUGUUGGCCACGUCGCUGCGCAGCCUGCGCUUCCUGCAGAUCCUCAGGAUGCUGCGCAUGGACCGGCGGGGGGGCACCUGGAAGCUGCUGGGCUCGGCCAUCUACGCCCACAGCAAGGAACUGAUCACAGCCUGGUACAUCGGCUUCCUGUCUCUGAUCCUGGCGUCCUUCCUGGUCUACCUGGUGGAGAAGGACGACGUCUCCAUGGACGUGUCCAACCAGGACGACCCCACGGCUCAGCCCAAGCAGCAAGACUUCGACACCUACGCUGACGCUCUGUGGUGGGGACUGAUCACUCUGACCACCAUCGGAUACGGAGACAAAACCCCGAAGACGUGGGCCGGGAGACUGCUGGCCGGGACCUUCGCCCUGAUCGGAGUGUCCUUCUUCGCUCUGCCUGCAGGGAUCCUGGGAUCAGGUCUGGCUCUGAAGGUCCAGGAGCAGCACAGACAGAAGCACUUUGAGAAGCGCAGGCAUCCGGCCGCCGGGCUCAUCCAGUCGGCCUGGAGAUAUUAUUCCACCAAUCCAGUCAGGGACGACCUCAUCGCCACCUGGAGGUUUUACGAAACAAUCAUUUCUCUUCCUUGUUUCAGGAAGGAUCACCUGGAGGCCAUAGCCAGUCAGAAGUUGAGUUUACUGGAGCGCGUCCGCCUUCCCAACGCCAGACCCUCGGGGGGGUCGGGCAGGAGGAUGACAGGUCACAGCGACUCCAUCGAGGAGAGCCCGUCCAAGGAGCCCAAACCCGCCGGCUUCAGCAACCGGGAACGCUUCCGCACGGCCUUCCGCAUGAAGGCCUACAACCUCCGCCAGGGCUCAGAAGACUCUGGAGGUCUGGCGGAUCCAGCCUUAGAGGAGCGGGGCUUCCCCCCCGACAUCCUCCUGGAGGAGAUGAUCCCAACGCUGAAGCUGGUCAUCAGGGCUCUAAGGAUCAUGCAAUUCCUCCUGAACAAGAAGCGCUUUAAGGAAACUCUGAGGCCUUACGAUGUCAAAGACGUGAUCGAGCAGUAUUCUGCCGGACACCUGGACAUGCUCUGCAGAAUCAAAUACCUGCAGACGAGGAUCGACAUGAUUCUGGCCCCUGGACCCCCCCUCACCCCAAAACACAAGAAAACUCAGAAAACGCCCUUUGCCUAUCCGUCGAGUCAGUCUCCCAGGCACGAGUCCUUCAUCACCAAAGCUGCCUCCCUGCCGGACGCCGACGACCAGAGCAUGAUGGGUCGGUUCGUCCGAGUGGAACGACAGGUGGAGGACAUGGAGAAGAAGUUGGACUUCCUGGUGGACAUGCACAUCCAGCACACUGAGACUCUGCAGGUGGACUCUGCUGGCUCCGCCCACAUGACCCUGGAGACCUGCGACCCGACGGCGACCGGUCCGAUCCGACGCGUCUUCUUCAGCUACGAGCAGGCGUUCCCACACAUGUCGUACAAGGGGAAUCCGUACUGUGGCAGGGGAGGAAGAGGAGGCGGCGAGGGGAGGGGCUUAGGAGGAGGAGGAGUCUGUGUUCCUCCAGAUCCUCAACCCCCGACGUCCCACCUCUACCAGCGCACCCCCCCGGCCGCCGUCCCCACCUACGCUGAGCGUCCCACGGUGUUGCCCAUCAGCUCCCUGCAGGACUCGUCAGUGGGGGGGCUGGGCAGGACCACAGGGGGGCGGGGGGGCGACUCCCCCCUCUCCAUGCUGUCGGUGAACCACGAGGAGCUGGAGCGCUCGCCCAGCGGCUUCAGCGUCUCCGGGGAGCGGGAGGGGGAGGAGGGAGAGGAGCUGUCAGCGGGGGGGCGGAGGAGACCCCGGCCCAGCUACCUGGCCGAGGGGGAGACGGACUCGGAGUCGGACCCCUUCACGCCCAGCGGGGGGCCCCUCCCCCUCUCCUCCACGGGGGAGGGGUUCGGUGACGCUGUGUGGACCACGCCCCCCUGA